CCGGCGAGCGCCGCUGUCUCCCAGUUCCCCGGAAGCUAUGGCCAAGGUGUGGUGUCAUCAGUGACUGCUGUGUACAGUGCCGUGUGUACUGUGUGUGACUGCUGUGUACAGUGCCGUGUGUACUGUGUGUGACUGCUGUGUACAGUGCCGUGUGUACUGUGUGUGACUGCUGUGUACAGUGCCGUGUAUACUGUGUGUGACUGCUGUGUACAGUGCCGUGUGUACUGUGUGUGACUGCUGUGUACAGUGCCGUGUGUACUGUGUGUGACUGCUGUGUACAGUGCCGUGUGUACUGUGUGUGACUGCUGUGUACAGUGCCGUGUGUACUGUGUGUGACUGCUGUGUACAGUGCCGUGUGUACUGUGUGUGACUGCUGUGUACAGUGCCGUGUGUACUGUGUGUGACUGCUGUGUACAGUGCCGUGUGUACUGUGUGUGACUGCUGUGUACAGUGCCGUGUGUACUGUGUGUGACUGCUGUGUACAGUGCUGUGUGUGACUGCUGUGUACAGUGCCGUGUGUACUGUGUGUGACUGCUGUGUACAGUGCCGUGUGUACUGUGUGUGACUGCUGUGUACAGUGCUGUGUGUGACUGCUGUGUACAGUGCCGUGUGUACUGUGUGUGACUGCUGUGUACAGUGCCGUGUGUACUGUGUGUGACUGCUGUGUACAGUGCCGUGUAUACUGUGCGUGACUGCUGUGUACAGUGUUGUGUGUACUGUGUGUGACUGCUGUGUACAGUGCCGUGUGUACUGUGUGUGACUGCUGUGUACAGUGCCGUGUAUACUGUGCGUGACUGCUGUGUACAGUGUUGUGUGUACUGUGUGUGACUGAGCUGUGUACAGUGCCGUGUAUACUGUGUGUGACUGAGCUGUGUACAGUGCCGUGUAUACUGUGUGUGACUGAGCUGUGUACAGUGCUGUGUGUGACAGCUGUGUACAGUGCUGUGUAUACUGCGUGUAUGUGUGGUGUCAGUGAGUGAGCUGUGUGUAUGGUGACACUACUGUCCUGCUGCUGUGUAUACUGUGUGUGUGGGGUGAGUGACACUGCUGCUGUGUAUACUGUGUGUGUGGGGUGAGUGACACUGCUGUGUAUACUGUGUGUGUGGGGUGAGUGACACUGCUGUGUAUACUGUGUGUGUGGGGUGAGUGACACUGCUGCUGUAGUGUGUGUCACAUCAUGUCGCUGCAGCCGGGUGGCAGCGUGCUGGCUGGGAGGGUAUAGGGCUCUCCCCUGUGUAUUCCCAGUGAUGGGCACAUGCAGGCAGAGACAUACGAGGGAGUGAUGUGAUUUGGGCACAUGGGGGUCACACACUGACAUCGCUGCUGCGGAGUCCCUGAGUUCGGGGUGUAGACGGCUGCUCUCAUGGCUGCUCUGAAGGUUUCUCCCCGGGAUUAGCUGGACACUAUGAUCUCCCAAAGAGACAGAGGGGAUCUGGCCCGCUUCUACACGGUGACUGACCCCAGGAAACACCAGAAAGGCUUCACCAUCUACAGAGUCACUGCCAGGAUUGUGUCCAGGAAGAAUCCGGAAGACGUCCAGGAGAUAGUAAUCUGGAAAAGAUACAGCGACUUCAAGAAAUUGCACCGAGAACUUUGGCAGAUACAUAAGAAUCUCUUCCGACAAACCGAUUUGUUUCCUCCUUUCGCAAAAGCGAAACUGUUUGGGAGGUUUGACGAGUGCGUGGUUGAGGAGCGACGCCAGUGCGCCGAGGAUUUGCUGCAGUUCUCCGCCAACAUCCCGGCUCUCUAUAACAGCGCUCAGCUGGAGGACUUCUUUAAGGGCGGAGAAGUGCAUGAUGGGUCUGAUCUGAUUGGACCAGCAGAACCGUUUGGAGAUUUUCCUGACAGUCUCUCCGACUGUAGCUCUGAAGUGAGGAAAGACUCUUGCGGCCUGGAUGACGUGACCUUCACCAGCCAGUCUGAAUGUGGGGGUCUCUCCAGUGACAGCGACCUGCUCUCGCUCACCGUGGACAUUGACUCUCUGUCCGGAACAGAUGAUGGAAUGGCAUCUAACCAGAUUUCGCCGAGUAAACUGUUCGGUGCGCCUCCGUCCCCGGGAUCCAUAGCGCAGAACUUUCCGGCCUCCAGUCAUGAGGGGGUUAAAGCAGAAGCGGAGAGAGAGAGCCGCAGCCUGUUUGCUGCCAAACUAAAGCAGAAGCUUGGCAAAGCGGAUUACCUGGCGAAGGCCGGCGAGCUAAUCACCUUGGCCAUGAAGAAGGAGACAGAACGGGAAUACGAAGCUGCAUUUGGGUUUUACAGGAAGGGCGUUGAUCUGCUCUUGGAAGGGGUGCAAGGUGAGGCCAGCCCAACGCGGCGCGAAGCGGUGAAGAAGAAGACGGCGGAGUAUUUGAUGCGAGCCGAAACCGUUUCCAGCUUAUGUCUUAAACCCUCAUCAGAGGAGAGCAUGCUCAGUACUCCUCCAGGAGCAGAGAGUUCAAGGCCCUCUUGGAACCCGAGGAGUCCUGCCGAGGAACUGAAGGCCUUCAGAGUCCUUGGGGUGAUUGACAAGGUCCUUCUUGUUCUGGAUACAAAGUCGCAGGAAACCUUUAUAUUAAAAGGUCUGAGGAAGAGCAGCGAGGCGUCUGGGAGCAGAACGGCUGUCAUCCCCCGCUGCGUGCCCAACAUGGUCUGCCUGCACAAGUACAUCAUCUCCGAGGAGUCCGUGUUCCUCGUUUUGCAGCACGCCGAAGGUGGGAAAUUAUGGUCCUACUUAAGUAAGUUUUUAAGCAGGAGCACAGAAGGUAGCUUUGAUGUCCCUCUGGCGAAAAGUUCUCACUCAAUUGAAGACCUAAAACAUCUUGCUCCGUGUCCAGGAAAUAGUGUCGAGUCUCGGGAAAGCAACAUCGGGAACCGGUUUCUCUCGGUUCGUCCGUUGCAGGGUAGCCUGACUCUAAGCUCUCAAGAAGACAGCAGCACGCAGGAUGAGGAAGGACGGGAAAGUCCUCUGAAAUGGGCUGACUCUGCCUCCAGUUCGGAAGAGGAAUGUACCACAAGCUAUUUAACCCUAUGCAAAGAAUACGGGCAGGAGAAAAUUGAGCCCGAAGGUUUGAGCGAUGACCCCUUGCUUAAACUAGGAGAUGGGAACAGCGUCAAAGAUUUAGAUCUAAUGCAAAAACCACUCCCGGGCACAUUCAGUAACCUCGGCUCUACGCUCGCCUUCGAGGAAUUGCAAUUAUUGAAAGAAACCAGCGAACAGGAUACAGUGGGGCCAGUGGAGAUGGCCGAUAUGUUGAGCAAAUCCAGGAACAGCCCAAUGGAAUUCUUCAGGAUAGAUAGCCGGGAGAGCACCAGUGACUUGCUGGGUGGUGAUUUUGUUGAUAAAGCCUACGGCCUAAAGUCAGAGUCCUUCAAACCAAUUUCUCCAUUUCAAGAGGAUGAUGAUGUUGACUGUGAGACUCAAAGCUUAGUUGUUCACAAGCCAAGUGUAGACCGUCAUGACACUAUGAGCCGAGGGUCUAAUGAUUCUGUCCCAGUCAUAUCUCUCAAAGAUGCUGCUAUUGAUAUAGAUAGUAGCAUUGAUGAGGGAAGGCCAGAUUUGCUGGUAAAUCUGCCCGGUGCAGAACCAGUGGACCUGGAACAAAGCUUGAAGAAUGUUUACCUGGAAAGUGAUGUCAUGGACUGCAAGCUUCUGGAAACUCCUGAUGUCUUGCAAGUAAAAAGUAGUUUGGAUCAACUGACUGGACCACAGGAGAACCUGCCUUUGGUUGAAGAAUAUUCACACCCAUCCCAAUGCAUAACGCUAUGUCCGAUCACUGAUGAAAAGGCCUUUCCUGUUGAUUCCAGUGGCCUAGAUUUAAAGCCUGAAGAACCUAUGUUUGGCCAAUCAUCUUCUCCCUCUGCAUCUGAUAAUCCUUCUGUUUUGGAAGCCUCGCAGACACAUGAACAAUUUUCAGGUGUCAACGAGCUUUUCGCUCUUCGUGAUACCCACCAGUCGUCCACCUCUGGACCUCGCAGUGAGCUGGCCGCCAACCUAAUGCAACUUCAGAUCAAAAUUGAGGACACUGAUGAAAUUUGUGAGGGGUGGAGAGAGCAACGAGAAGCUGGGGAGAUACAUAAAAUAUUUCAGGAGCUGGAUGCAAAACUGUCUGAAGCUUCACACUUCUUCAUUCCCGAGUCCUGCAUCCGGAGGUGGGCUGCUGAAAUAGUUACAGCCCUUGACGCCAUACAUCGAGAAGGAAUUGUGUGUCGCGAUUUGAACCCAAACAACAUCUUAUUGAAUGAUAGAGGACACAUCCAGCUAACGUAUUUUAGCAGGUGGACGGAGGUUGAAGAUUCGUGUGACAGCGGCGCGGUGGAAAGAAUGUACUGUGCCCCAGAGAUUGGAGGUAUAGCGGAGGAGACGGAGGCAUGUGACUGGUGGAGCCUCGGUGCACUUCUCUUUGAGCUUCUCACCAGAAAGGCUCUGGUGGACUGUCACCCUGCAGGAAUUAGCUCCCACACCUCGCUCAACAUGCCGGAAUACGUGUCCAGGGAAGCGCGCUCUCUCGUUCAGCAGCUUCUGCAGUUUAACCCUUUGGAGCGGCUGGGAGCUGGGGUUGCCGGUGUGGAAGACAUCAAGUCUCAUCCUUUCUUUACUGGUGUGGACUGGGAAGAGAUUACAAGAUGAAGCUAUAUAUAAUAGGACCUAUGUAGAAGUGGCUUCUUAUAUUUUACAUAUUGCACAGGUAGAACUAUGAAGUUGCGGAGACAUUUGCGUGAUAUGGGAUUGGUGGCUAGUGACAGUGACAUCUCAGCCUUGGCUAGAACAUGGAACGGUGACAUCUCCGCCUUGGCUGACACUUGGAAUGGUGACAUCUCCGCCUUGGCUGAUACUUGGAACGGUGCCAUCUCAGCAUUGGCUGAUACUUGGAACGGUGCCAUCUCCACCUUGGCUGAUACUUGGAACGGUGGCAUCUCCACCUUGACUGAUACUUGGAACGGUGACAUCUCCACCUUGGCUGAUACUUGGAACGGUGACAUCUCAGCGUUGGCUGAUACAUGGAACGGUGACAUCUCAGCAUUGGCUGAUACUUGGAACGGUGACAUCUCAGCAUUGGCUGGUACUUGGAACGGUGACAUCUCAGCAUUGGCUGAUACUUGGAACGGUGACAUCUCAGCGUUGGCUGAUACAUGGAACGGUGACAUGUCCGCUUUUGACAAGUGACGGGACCUAAUACCCUUUAAACAGUUUUGUCAAUGUUGUCUACAAUAAUGGUGCAAGUCUUCUACCUACAGAUAAACUCACAGCCUAAUAAAUGCCCGUAUGACUAAUGGGGAUUAGAGCGUAUAGGAAUGAUGGUAUGCUUUGCAUGUAGUCUGCAGAUGUAUGAAUGUGCCGGACUGUAGAAGCACAUCCUGAUGGCCUUAGGGGAUCGUAUCAUGUUUGCAGGGAAGGGUUUGACGUAUAAGCAAGAGGGAACCAAAGUAAUAUGUGGAAAUUGCACAAUAAAGCCAUCUACUAUGCGUAAUGUGGGUCUCGCUACAUGUCGUCUCCAUACUCCUCAGCUCUCUGGGUCCAAUCCAACCUCUUAUAGGGAAGCCUUUGUCUGCUCCACCUAAGCACCAGAGUUUGCAUUUGUUUGCGUGGAGACCCAUUCUCCGCCAUUUCCAACUACAUUAUAGUUCAUUUCCAAUAGAUCCAUAAAUUGCUGAGGGAAAUCACUUGGCUUAGAUCACUGACAUGACCUAGACUAUUUGUGCAGUGCAAAAGUUCUUAUAUCAGGUUAUUAUAUUAGCUUAUUAUAUAUAUCUUUUUUUUGUCUUUUUUUAACAUGAAGUCUGAGUUUCUUCGGUAAAACAAUGAUCCUGCUACGGGGUGCGGGAACGGUGUAUCUUGUGCUGCACGUGGUAGAUGUUCUGCAUCCUCCCUGUCGAUAUUCCGCACACACAGCAUGUGAGGAGAUCAGUGCCUCCGGGUUCAUUAGGUAUUCCAGCAAUCUGUGGUCGCCCUAGGAGCUCCCCGGAGGAGAGCUGAAGAAUAGCGGUGACCGAAGCGAGAACUGACACCCCGUCCUGCAGUCACACAGGACCUGCAUACAUUAUCAUGCCCAGUAUUUUUAUUUACCUUGUACGUUUUAUUAUAGCUGAUUAAAACAUUUGAUGAUG